CUGUAGACUGUGUUUCACCUGGCGCACUUCAGUACACAUCAACAUGUACACUAUGUGCACUUUGUUUAUUUUGAACUGUGAAUUGCUACCUUGCCAGUGUGGCGAGUACAACAUCCGGGUACUGGCGGCUCAUUGCAUUGUGCCAUACUUCGAAUUGGAACGCACUAACGGACCGCUCCCAGUCGGCAUAAGUAAAAUUCAUCUUCCUGUGACCGACAACCCCGGAGCCAAGAUGGCAGCAGUUGUAGCCAAACGAGAAGGACCACAGUUUAUCAGCGAAGUGGCCAUGAGGGGCAACGCUGCGGUGCUGGACUAUUGCCGCACGUCCGUGUCAGCGCUCUCCGGAGCUACAGCCGGCAUCCUGGGUUUGACGGGACUGUAUGGCUUCAUUUUUUAUCUGCUGUCCUCCUUCCUCCUGUCUUUGCUGCUCAUCCUCAAGGCCGGGCGACGAUGGAACAAAUGCUUUAAAUCCAGGCGGCUGCUCUUCACCGGGGGCUUGGUUGGAGGCCUUUUCACCUACGUCCUCUUCUGGACUUUCCUUUAUGGAAUGGUGCACGUGUACUAGAUCCAUCUAACCCCACUUAACUCAUUCAUCAUUAUUUGAUCUGUAGAUGAGCCAAACAUAGUUCUAAUUUAAUUCUAUUAUGACCUGCUGAUGUAUACGAGGAACGCGUUCAUAAUUCCACACUUACUACUCCACACUGUGGCUUUGGUUUCACACAGGCCUCUUCAUUUAUGACCAUGCCCAUUGAUUAUUUAACAUAGACUGGAGCACAUUAUGUACAAUACUCAUACUCUUAACUAUACAAAGAAAUGUGAUUACUAAUUGGAAUAAAUACCUCUGUACAACUUG